CGAGCUCAGUACGAGUUGACAAUUAAAAAAGAAAAUAAUAAAAAAUACAACAGUGAAUGAAGUGAAAAGUGUUUCCAGUUUAGUAUGGCUUCAGAGAAGAAUACAAGAAAAUAAUAACAUUGUGAAUUACAAAGGUAGUGGCAGAAAUGCUAAUGUGAGCAAAGAGGUUAGUUUCUGCACGAAAAAAGACAAAUAUCAUUCAUUAAAAAUGCACAUGCAAAAGAUUACUUACAAGUUUAUCAAUAUUAUUCAAAUAUAAUUAACCAAUGGAAAGAAUCACGUGAAUUUAUUAAUAAUUUAUAAUUGUUUGAUUAUUUUUAUCAACGAUAAGUGUUUAUAAUGCAAGAUAUUGGACACAGUUCUCUGUUGAAGUUCUUGGUGAAGAAUACAAUGUCAGAGAAAAACAUCGAAUCAAAUGUACCAGGCGAGCAUAACCUCAGAGAAGUGAACGAUGGACUCAAGGAAAAAGAGUCUCCAACCAACAGAGGUAAAGUUCAAACUUCAAACAUUGACGAACAAAAUCAAUCCUUAACCGAAAGGAAUACGUCUGAAAUUGCAACAGCAGAUUUUACGCUAUCCCCAGUGAUAACGGUGAUGAAAAAUGAGGCGACAUUUACUAAAGGAGAUUUGAAACUGCAAAAAGUGACGGUUACGGAGGAUAUUUCGCGUACAUCUACGAGUAAAGGUGAAGAGAAAUUCAAUAGAAGAUUAACUUACGAAAUACAUACUUCAGUAAUGGAACCUGAGAGUGGACAAAAUAAUCCCAAAGAUGGCGUUAGUUGUACAUCUAAAGAAGAAAAGGAAGCUAUAGAAUCAAAGAGAAUAAAAACGAAGAUUCCUAUGUCAAGAUUAAGACAAGCUGUGAAUAGAGUUAAAGAAGAUUUGAAAGAAAAGAAGAGACUGGAAAAAGAAAAACAAAUACCCACUUUACGUAAAUCUUCAAUACCAAGAUUAAAAGACAUUAAAACAACAUCUAAAGAAACGCAUACAAAAGAAGAAACUGUUGUAUCGAAAGCUGACGAAGAAUUCGAUAGAAUAUUUAAUGAAUUAAAUCCAACCGAUACAUCUUUAGAAUUUAUAAAUAUAGAAAACGUCAAUCAGAUAGAAAACAGCUUUGAAGAAAUAAUACACGCGUAUGAAGAAGAUAAAAUCACAUCAAACAUAGAAAAAACCAAAUCAAGAAUACCUUUAUUAAAACGGAAAAGUGAACAUGACAUCGAAAUACCGAAAACAAAAGAAAAACAAGCAUUAAAAAAGAGUAAAUCCGUAGAUACUAAAACCUCUUUCAAUCAAGGCAACACUGAAACAAUUGUUUCACAACAAACAAAAGCAUUUACACAAAGUAAUUCAAAAACUGAAAAACAUAUGCAAAAAGAAAUCCAAGAAAUAACAAACAAUAAUACUGUUAUAAUUGAAAAGCAAACAUCAGAAACAUCAUACAAUAUAAAUAAUACUGAAAACCAAGAAUCAAAUUCAAACGAAAUCAAAGAAACCAUUAAAGUUGCAACACCUGACUUCAAUAUUCAAACAACUGAAGAAAAAUUAAAAAGAAUCGAAUCAAUAGAUAAAAGUACAAUUGAAGACUUAACACAAGAUAUAACCAUUACUAAAAACCUUAAUUUCGAUAAGGAAACAGUGUCAAAAAUAUACAAAAUCGAUUUCACCGAAAACAACUUUGAUUCCUUAGACAUGCCAUUAUUAAAUGAGACAAUAAAACGAGAUCAAACGGAAAUUCAAAAUGAAAAUAAUGACUCUAAAACAAUUGAAAGUAUUAAUUACAACGAAAACAUUCAACUUGAUAAUAAAAUAAAUUCUAUUAGCGAUGUUAAUACACAUCAAAUUGAAAAUAACUAUAUAAGUAAAGAAACACAAUUAAUCCAAACAAAUGAACAAAGCAAUAUUAAAAUCGGUAGUCAAUCUUCUAUUAGACAAGUUUCUUUAGCAACAAACGAAACAUCACAACUUGAAAAUAACAAUAUAAGUAAAGAAACACAAUUAAUCCAAACAAAUGAACAAAGCGAUAUUAAGAUCGGUAGUCAAUCUUCUAUUAGACAAGUUUCUUCAGCAACAAACGAAACAUCACAACUUGAAAAUAACAAUAUAAGUAAAGAAACAACACAAUUUCUCCAAACAAAUGAACAAAGCGAUAUUAAAAUCGGUAGUCAAUCUUCUAUUAGACAAGUUUCUUCAGAAACAAAUGAAACAUUAGAUAAUAAAGCUGUAAAUAUUACUUCAAAAACUUCGAAACUCUUAUUAGAAGUCAAUAGUAGUGCGUCAGAAACUUUGCAACAGUCUGUUAAAACAAAAGAAAGGAAUGACAUUGAACAAGAAUCGUAUGAUACCAAAACAAUUGAAUUAUGCACCAAUCUUAUUGUCAGAGAAGGUUCACUUGAAGAAUAUAAAACUUUUAAAAAAUCGAAUUCAAAUUCUUCAAUAUCUGUAAUAACAGAUGAAGGUUAUAGUACAAAACUACAAGAGAAUAUUGGAAUUGAUAGCUUUAAAACUUCUGUUAGACAAGUAUCGCUUGAGGAGAAUUCUAAUACGUCUAAAACUAUAACUUCAGGAAUAAUACAAAAAACUACUGAAAGCAAUGAAAAGGAAAAGCUAGAUAAAAUGUCGGAUAAAACAGAAACCUUAGAUUUUGAUAAAAUAGCAUCUUCUAAAAACGAUUUAUCACAAACAAAUACAACUCUAGACAUCAAAGACAAUAGAUUAAGUAUAGAAUCAUCAAUACAAUCAUUAAAAUCAAAUACAUCAAAAGAAAAUGAUAAAAGAAAUCAAAAAUUGGAUAAAACUUUUGAAGAUUUUUCUCUUAAAGUACCUAAAACAAUAGAAACUGAAAACCUUCAAGCACAUGAAGAUAUUUCGAUAGAAUGUUUAAAAAACAAAAGAAACAAAAGUACAAAGCUUGAAGAAUUAUCACGUAGAUAUGAAAAUAUAGAAUUUGAUAUCGAUUCAAAGAAAACUUCAGAAGCAAACAAAAAUAUAGAAAACAAAACAAAUACUGGUAAAGACAACUCAGCUAUUACCACUGAUGUAAAUAAAAAUAUACCUAAAAUAGAAGAAAUUGGAAACAAUAAUCAAGCGUUAAACAAAAACGAUAGGUUAACUACAAAAUCGAUUUCUUUUUCAGCAAACAAUAAAUUAAAAGAAACGGUUACACAAAACUCGUCAUCUUACUCUAAUGUAAAUAAACAAACUCUAACAAGUAAUAAAUUAACUGCUUCCAAUACUUUAAACACAAGAGAUGUAACAAAAUCUACUCUAAACACACAAAGCACCGAAGAAAUAAAUAAAAUUUACUCCGAAGUGUUCACAAAAAUGAAUGCACAAAAUAAACAAUCAUUUGGCAUUACAAAAGAAACUAAAGAAGUAGAUUCUAAAUUUAAUACAAGCGAGAACAAUAUACAAGAUGUUGGUUCACCUAUGGAAGAAGAUAUACCGAUACUACGAGGGAAAGUAAACAGAGUUAUACAAAGAAUCAGUUCUAUAGACAAUACGAAGUCUGUGGAAAAGAAUACAAAUGAUUUACCAAAGAAAAUAUCUGUUAUAUCAAAAAUCCAAAUGUUUGAGCGCGUCGAACCAGAUGAUAAAUAUCCAAAGAAGAGAAUCCCUAAAUUGGAUUCUAAAACUACAAGAAUACCUACUACACUUCGACAAACAAGCACUGAACUUAGAAGACCUAAAAUCGUUAAAGAAAUAUAUAAAGACACAAAUGAAAUUAAAACGAUAUCAACAGAAAAUACAUCAAGACAAGAUAAUGAGUACAAAGAACAUAAUUCUAAUGCCAAAAUUAUUGAAGGUAAUAUAUCUAGAGAUACAAAAUUAAAAGAUCAAUACAGAUAUUCUAAAACUGAUACGAAUUCAAUUACAGAUUAUAAACAAUUUAAAGAUGUUAAAGAGACAAAUAAUAAAUCAAUUGAAGAUGCAACAAUAUAUGAAAGCGUAUUUGAAAAAACAAUUCAAGACACUGAAUCUAACACACAAAGAUUAAUUAACACAAAUGUAUUCGAAACAAAGACGGAAAGAAUUAAUUUCGAAAAUAUAAACAAAGAAUCAAAUGCAUACACUAAAAUAUAUACUAAUAAUUCAGAUAAAUCUAUUAGAAAUAAAACUAUUAACAUAGAAAACCAUGCAUUAGGCAAUGAAGAUGUUUUUAAUUUUACGCCCAAAGAAAUAGAUUUAAAUAACAAAGAAAUGAAUAUUGUAAAUAAAAUUGAAAGUACAGAUUCAAAUAAAAUACUAAACAUAGUUAAGAAAGAUUCAAAUACAACUGAAUUCAUUAAUGAAAUAUACAAAGAUAAUAAAGCAAAAUCACUAGAACAUAUAAGACAAGAUACAAGAAAAUCUUACGAAAGACUACAAAGUGAUAAAAGCGGAAGAGAUUUUGACAUGAGAAGGACAACUUCGGUAGCAGAAUUAGAGAUAGGAGGAGUAGUUAAAGGGAGAGUUUACGAAAUGAUUAUGAGAAUAAACUCUAUGGAAAUACUUUCACAUAAUAAAAAAGAUAUACAAAGAGAACAGCCAAGAAAAAGUUCCGUUUCAGAAAAGAUUGCUUUAUUUGAGGGUAAACUACCUCCAAUCAAAACGGAGAAGAGGAAAGAAAUAUACAGAAUAAAGAACGAUACAGAAGUGAGCGUGGAAAUGACGGAAGAAGAUUAUGCUAAGAAGAUAGAGGAAUUGAAAAACGUAAAGAAUAAUUAUGAAACUAUAUUACCUGAGUAUUUGGAGUUGAGAGAUAAUUCGGAGAUGCCAGUUAUAGCUUUAGGAACUGCUUUGUUGGACAAACGACUAAUCAAAGAUGUGGUGGAAGCCGCUAUAGAGAUGGGAUACCGUGCCAUAGACACAGCCUAUAUCUACGGUAAUGAAAAGGAAAUAGGAGAAGCCAUAAAUAACAAGAUAAACGAUGGAACUGUUAAAAGGGAGGAUCUUUACAUAAUGUCCAAACUAUGGAGUACAUACCAUAGAAGAGACUUAGUAGAGAAAGCGUGCAAACAGUCACUAGACAAUAUGGGAUUGACAUAUUUCGAUUUAUAUUUAAUACAUAAUCCAAUGUCAUUAUUGGAAGGUUCAGAUCCGUUGCCAAAGAUAGCAAAUGUACUGCAAUACUCAGAACAUGACUACAUGGACGCUUGGCGCGGGAUUGAAGACUUGGUUCUCAAAGGUUUAGUGCGUAGAGGCGGCGUUAGUAAUUUCAACUCGGAGCAGAUACACCGAAUUAUGGAGAAAGGACGAAUUAAACCUGUUGUUAAUCAGGUGGAAUGUCAUCCGUAUUUAAGUCAAGAACGAUUGGGUGGUUUCUGUGACGCGUAUGGUAUGAGAUUAAGUUGCUAUGGAGUGUUGGGUUCUAAAGGAACUCCGGCGGAACACAAGAGCGAUUUACCUCCGGUUAUAGAUGACCCUCUAGUGACAGUAAUGGCGGCAGGCGUUGGAGUAACCCCGGGGCAGAUGCUUGUCGCUUACCAGCUUCACAAUAGUCGAAGUGUGGUUUUAAAGGCGACCAGCGCUGGCCAUUUGUAUGACAAUCUUAAGGCGCAGUACAUCUCUCUGGAACCCUCACAUCUUACCGCGUUGAAGAGCCUUAAUAAGAACAAAAGGACGUAUUAUUUAAAAGGGUGAGAAUUAAAAUAACUAAUCUAUUUCUGAAAA